UCGGUGCUCAGUGCCGCGUCGCCGCCCGCAUGCCCGCCACGCGCCGCCUGCUGACCGCGCGCUGGUUCGCGCGCCGCCGACAGCCCGACGAAGAUGACGCCCGCCCUAGGACCCUCCCGCGCUCCGACAUGGACCGCAGACCUCGCGUCUCCCGCGUCCUCUCCUCCCCCGCCAGAACGCAGCACCAGACGCAUCCCCCGCUCGACGAAGAGUCCCUCGAACGAGCCUACCCCUCCAUGGGACACCUCGAGUACGUCAACGCCGGCUCCUCGCCCCCCGCCGAGAGCGCCCCUAACAUGUACGACAGCUUCGAAGAGCCACCCCUCGACCUAACUGCGCACAUCUGCGAGGACUCGUUACGUCAGAGCGCGCACGAGCAGAUGCGCGCCUUCGGCGGACGUCUGCGAUUACUGGACGAACUAGAGACCGGGGUCAUUACCGCAGAAUCCGCCGCCACCACUUUCUCGACGGCAUCGGAGGCUGAGAAGAACAUAUGCCUGUUCUGGGCAGCAUUCCUGAAACUCACCAACUACCUGCAGCCUCUGAUAGAGGUCGGAGCCGACCCACUAUACUUUGAUGCCUUGGGCCUGUCCCCUCUUCACGUAGCAGCUUUCAGCGGCUCCACGGAAUGCGCCAAUUAUCUGCUGUCAUGCGGCUCAGACCCUAAUUACAUGCCGAGAUGCUUCGCCCCGCUCCAUUGUGCCGCAUUCGGGAACUCAGUGCAAGUGGCUAAUUUGCUAAUCAGUCGCGGUGCAUCCGUACAUUGCGCAGUGAAAUAUGUCAACUGUGAAGGUGGCCUGCUCCAUUGUGCAGUGCGAGCUAACUCCGUGGAAUGCCUUAAAUUGUUUAUAUCCCACGGUGUCGACGUGAAUCAAAUUGAACCGGGCGGUACCAAUGCUAUACAUCUCGCUGCCGAUUUAGGAAUGUUCCAGUGUCUAAGUAUACUGCUCGAGACGCCCGGCGCGGACCCUAACGUGCGGACGCGCGUCGGCGACAGGGAGUCCACUGCCUUGCAUCUGGCGGCUGACGGAGGAUUCGUUGAAUGUGUAGAUUUAUUGCUAUCAAAGGGGGCCGAGGCCAGUCUAAAGAAUCACAGAGGUUUCACUGCAUUGCAUCUGGCGGCGCGCUCAUCGAGCUUGGAGUGUGUGGAAUCAUUGCUAAGAAAAGGAAACGCUGAACCGAACGCUAACGACUUCGACAUGAGGACCCCAUUACACGCCGCUAUCGGCAAGUCCGACAGCGCUUGCGAUAUAAUAGAAACUUUGAUAAGCUGGGGAGCGAAUGUGAACCAAAAAGAUGAGUACGGCUUCACGCCGCUGCACCUUGCCGCCCUCGACGGCCUGUCUGCGUGCGUAGAGACAUUAAUCUACCACGGUGCUGACGUCACGACAAGGUCUAAAAAAGGAAACUCGGCGCUUAAUGUAAUAGCUAGAAAAACGCCGGCGUCUCUGGCGAUGGUAACUCGAAAAUUGGACUGUGCGAUCACACUGCGACACUCACAGACGAGCAACAGGGAGGUUGAAUUGGAGUUAGACUUUCGUAGCAUACUGCAUCAUUGUUAUCCGCGUGAGAUUAGUUAUUUGAAUACGUUUGUCGACGAAGGGCAAAAAGAGGUUCUCCUACAUCCACUCUGUUCAGCAUUUCUAUACAUAAAGUGGGAAAAAAUACGUAAAUAUUACGUAGCUCGUUUGUUUCUAAGCUUCAUUUUUGUAUUGUGCCUAACAUUGUACGUGUUAACUGCCCUGGCACAUAAUUGUUACAACGGCAGUAAAGAUAUGGAAGAAACAAUACAAGAGCAAGAACUUUGUCAGAAACAGUCCAUUCUUGGCGAUUUGUUACGGAAAAAUCCAUUUGUAAUCGAAAUGCAAUGGUGGGUGCUAGCCGGAAUCACGAUAUUUGAGAUAUUCAGAAAAGUUUACGGAAUAGCCGGCUACUCCACUGUGAAACAAUAUUUGAUGCAAUCGGAGAAUAUUAUCGAAUGGUUCGUGAUUGUGAGCGUGUUUCUCAUAUCGUAUAUCUACACCAACAUCACGUACACCUGGCAGAAUCACGUAGGCGCGUUCGCGGUGCUCGCCGGCUGGACUAACUUAAUGAUGAUGAUUGGACAGCUACCAGUUUUCGGGACUUAUGUGGCAAUGUACCAAAAAGUUCAAAAGGAAUUUGCCAAAUUACUGAUGGCCUACUCCUGUAUCUUAAUCGGUUUUACUAUAAGUUUCUGUGUAAUAUUUCCUGACUCAUCUUCUUUCGCAAACCCUUUCAUGGGCUUUAUAACGGUCUUGACCAUGAUGAUUGGCGAACUGAACCUCGAUUUGCUGCUUAACGAGCCGGAUGGGAACGACCCCCCUGUCCUGUUAGAGUUCUCAGCGCAGAUCACUUACGUGCUGUUCCUAAUGUUCGUGACAGUAGUACUUAUGAACCUGUUAGUAGGUAUAGCUGUCCAUGACAUACAGGGUUUGAGGAAAACCGCGGGGCUUUCAAAACUUGUCAGGCAAACAAAGUUAAUAUCUUACAUGGAACUAGCCCUAUUCAAUGGCUAUCUACCCAAAUGUUUGUUAAAAAUCCUUCAUUCCUCAGCGUUAGUAUCGCCGCAAGCUUACAGAGUCGUUUUGAGCGUCAAACCAUUAAACCCGAGCGAGAAGCGACUGCCGCGAGACAUAAUGAUGGCUGCUUACGACAUCGCAAAAAUGAGGAAGCAAUACGGUCACACGAUAUCCUCGAGCGGCUCGACGACGGGCGCGUAUUCCUGCUUCAAGAAAUACGAGAACAACAAUGACUCAGGGUACAGAGAGUACGGCUACUCCUCAGGGCUGGGCAGUCUGCAGGCGAGGCUGGACGAGACGUCAGAAAACGUGCGCCAGUUGACUCAGGAAGUAAGAGAAUUAAAGAAACUGAUAAACGCACAGCAGCUUGUGUUACAGCAGGCGUUGUCCGGCGCGAUGGAGCGUUGAUGAUAUAAUGGCUGCCGUUUACUUUCAAUGCCACUGUACACAAGUCAAUAAACUACAGUGUGUUUUGUACCACAUAGCUCGGUGUACUGGCUGACUUAAAUUAUUAUUGAGUGGUGAUAUAUUUUAUUUCGUUUGUUUUACCUAGAUAAUCCACUGUUACACCGUCAUACAUUUUAAUUAGGGUAGAUGAUAGUUGUAAUAAUAUUGAGAGUUUUAGUUGUUAUUUUCGGUGUAAUUACGGUAGAGUAGGGAGUCGAGGGCUUCGUUCAAGAACAGUAGUGUUGUUUCGCAAAAAAAAAAACUAAAUUUAAGGGCUGGUCCCAAAUUAUUAACUAAGUUUUGAAUACCUUAUUAUUUUCAGAUUAUUAACUUGAGUUUAGGCCUACCUUAUAAGCGGUAUUAGGUAUUGUAAAGUAAUAUUUAAACUGUAAAUGAAUGGAGUCUUAAAAAGACAUAUUUAAAUUGUUUGCUGCAAAACGCACUGGACACUGUGAUUGUAGGUAUUAUAGAUUUUAUUGUGAUAUUAAUCGUGUCAAUAAAAAUAUUUUUCCAUUUC